AUGCUCUCUCUCACUUCCUGUCUCUUUUCUCUUUCUCUCUCUUUAUUUCUCUCUCUUUCCCUUUCUAUUUCCUCUAUCUUUCUAUCUCUUUCUGUUUCUCUCUCACACUUUCUCUCUCUUUAUUUUUCUCUCUUUCUAUUUCUCUCUCUGUCUUUCUAUCUCUUUCUCUCUCUCACUUUCUCUCUGUUUCUCUCUGUUUCUUUCUGUUUCUCUCUCUUUAUUUCUCUUUCUAUCACUCUCUUUCUCUCCAACACUUUCUCUUUCUUUCUCUCUCUCUCUUUCCCCCUCUCUUUCUCUCUCUUUUUUCUCUCUUUCUCUCUCUCUAUUUCUCUCUUAUUUUCUCUUUCUUUGUCUUUCUCGUUCUAUCUCUCCCUCUUUCUGUCUCUUUCUAUUUUUCUCUCUCUCUUUCUAUCUCUCCCUCACUUUCCGUUCACAAAGAAUUUUAAUGUAUUAUAA